AUGAGCCAAACGACUCCUCUAAGAACCAGCCGUGGGUCGUUCGAAAACGUCCAGUUGCAUGGCACGAAUAUCGGAGCUUCUAUGGUGGUCGACAAUGGUGAAGAAUCACCGGGUAGCUGCAGCAUCAAUAUCUACGUAAACAACGAUAUUAAGGGUGUUAAUAACUCUCAUUUGGUUGGUAGUGAUGUGAAAAUCGGGGAAUCUGGAGUUAGGCUGUGUUUGAAAGGGCUGCAAUUGGACAGAGGAUUUCAUAUGGUGGGCAGGAAUAAGAAGGAUUGGGAGUCUUUGGUGGUGUUGGUUGGGUUUAUGGUGAUGAUAAUCUCAUUAUGUGUUUAUUUGUUGGUGUGA